AUGUUUAUAGCACAACUGGACACCGUAUUGAACGGUUGUAAGUUAGAUACAGCAUAAAAUUGACGACAUCUCGGAAGAUAAAAUGAAAAAUCCGAAUUUCAUACUUAUCAGCUUAGAUCUCGAAAGAUAAAUAUAAUGAGAAAUCCGAAUUUCAUACUUCUCAGCAUAGGACUCAUGCUGAUCAUGAGAUUUGGAGGUGCGGCCGGAGAAAUAAAAGGAGGGUUUGAAAGGCAGGACCACUUAUUUCCAAGUAGACGUGGUUGCAAACUUGUCAGAGAAAGCUGUAUAUAUCGUGCGUAUUGCACAGAUGUGUUUGAUAUUGACUAUCAAUCAACACACAUAAUGUAUUAUAAUAAUGAAUGUGAAUUUGUAAUACACAAUUUCGGAGAUGUUUUUCUGCCAAUUCAUAUUUUGUACAGAGGUGUCAAUCCAAAACCUUUUAGAAGCAACGAUCAGUAUAGCCAAAAUUAUUAUAAUGGUCGACUUCAGCUUAGAAGUCCUAAUGUUUUUGUACAGUCUGCAGAUUUCAGCAAUAAUGGUUAUCAUUUUAUGCCUAAUAUAGAAGAUUUUAUUAAUUUGAUAACAUUAAAUAUGUCCCAUAAUGCGCUAACUGUAGCCACUCUGUCAAAUUCUCAGAAUUCUAUUUCACUGCAGGAAAUAGACUUUUCAUUCAAUAGUGUUGAAACUAUAGAUGUUCAAUCGGAAGAACAUCCUUACAAAGAGCUACAAGUGUUAAAUUUAUCGUACAAUAAUUUGACAAUUAUACCAGAAGCAAUUUUUUACCAUUUCACAAAAUUAAGGAAAUUAGAUAUAUCCCAUAAUUCUAUCACUACUAUUAGCUCUAUGGCAUUUUUUGCAUUAAAACAAAUGUUAGUAUUAAAUUUAGCUAACAACCAUAUUACAAGUCUCAGCCAAUCACUUGCUAAACUGUAUACGCUGAAAGAACUUUAUCUUCCAGAAAAUAAUAUCUCCGUCAUACAAUAUAGUGACAUAAAUUCAUUACAAUCACUAAAUACUGUUGAUUUGAGUUCCAACAACAUUGAAUCUAUAGAACAGGGUGUUUUUAAUAAUAUGUCACAGCUUAAUUUCCUUAAUUUAAAAAAUAAUCACUUGCAAUCAUUAGAAAUAAAUAUGUUUUCCAAUUGUAAUAAAUUAGAAAACGUCGAUUUGUCAGAAAAUAGAAUAACAAAACUGCCGAUAUACCUUUUCAAAAACAAUAACAUAUCGCACUUCUCUAUAGCAGAGAAUAACAUCGAAGGAAGUUUAGUAAAAGGAAUGUUUGAAGGAUUAAAAUAUGUUGAAAAAUUAGACCUCAGUUUUCAAAGGAUAACAUCAAUAGAUGAUGAAUGCUUCCUUGGUGUGGAUAACAUUAAAGAAUUAUUACUUAAUAAUAAUCAGAUCUCGACGCUUAAAAAAUAUUCAUUUAAACUAUUGACAAAACUUAUCCGUUUAGAUCUUUCACACAAUUUUAUUUAUAAUUUUACUCUAAACACAGAGGACUUACUAAACCUUGAGUAUCUUUCUUUGUGUCGUAAUGAAAUAGCUCACAUAGAGACGAUUCAACUUCAGUUUUUAAAAAAGUUAGAGUUUUUAGAUGUAUCGGGAAAUAAAAUAAUCGAUAUCGAACCUAAUUCGUUUAGUCAGCUGCCGUACCUGAAGGUUUUACUUAUUAGCAAUAAUCAUCUGGAAGGAAGUCUAUCACAGGAUACUUUCAAUGGCUUACAAGCUGUGCCCGAACUGGAUCUAUCGUAUAGCUUCUUAACAGCUAUAAGUAAUGGGUCAUUUAAUGGGAUGAGACAUCUACGCAGUAUUAAUGUUUCGCAUUGUUCUAUAUAUAACAUAAGUUACAACGCAUUCAUCAAUACUGAUAAUCUAGAUACUCUUGACUUAUCGUAUAAUAAAUUGACUCACUUCAAUAUAAACACAACAGAUAUAAAAAUGCUUAAAACUUUAAUUUUACGAGCUAAUGUAAUUCAAACUCUACAACAUAAUUUGUUUGAUAAAAUGGUCCAGCUACAAACGCUAGAUCUAUCUCGCAAUAGUUUAGUUACUUUAGGUAAAGAUGUAUUUAACGGCCUCAGUAACUUAGAGUUUUUAGAUGUAUCAAACAACUGUAAUUUAACCGUAGGGUUUGAGAUUAUAAAACCUCUCCAGAAAUUAAAAGCACUUCAAUUGUCUGGCACGAAAGUAAAUAUAACAUUUGACAGUCAAAAUAACUCGUUAUUGAAAGAGUUGGUAAUGUCCAACGCAGGUAUAAAAAAGUUGACAAAUUUGAAUUUGAUAAAACUUUUUCAAUUGCCUCAUUUAGUGUUAAGCCACAACGAAAUAUCUGAUUUAGCAGGAAGUAUUGCAAAUUUGAGUUAUUUACAUACCCUUGAUUUGAGCUUUAAUAAGAUUAAGAGUUUGCAACCUGGUUCAUUUAUAGGUUGUAGUAAUUUAAAUGUGCUUAAUAUAUCACAUAACUUAGUAGCGAACAUAAACUACGGUGCCUUCUACGGAUUGUCGACAUUGAAUGUACUAGAUGUAUCGUAUAAUUUACUUGAGAACUUGGAAGAUGAAAAAUUUUAUCAAAUGCACUCUCUUGAAAAGCUGAUUGUUGAUUACAAUAAGAUUUCGUAUGUCACUGUUGAACAGUUUUUAGGAGCAAGGCUUAAAAUAUUAAGCAUAGGCGGUAAUCCUUUACCAUGCAAAGCUUUAAUCAAACUAAAACACGGUAAUGACUCUUACCCGUUCCAAAUAACUGCUAUGGUACAUGACAAAAGUAAUGAGCAUAAUUAUAAUGGAGUUUCAUGUGUGGAUAGCAAUAGUAAAGUAUAUAAUACAGAUUAUAAAAAGGACAAUAAUAUUGGAAAUGACGGAGAUAUUCAAAUUUUAACGGAUAUAAGAAAUAUUUUGAAAGAUCUAACGAUAAAUAAUGUUAAGCAUGAUGACUUCGAAUCUUUAAGUAGCAUCAUAAACAAAGCUCAAAAUAGUUCAACUCGAGAUGAAUUAAAUAACAUAGUGACGAUCCUACGCAGCUUAAGUAAUAAAACUCUGGAAAGAGAAGAAAUAAAAAUGAAAAAUGAUCGAAGUAUACUCACACUUCUCGAAAAAAUUUUGAAAGUAAUCAUCGCACAAAAUUAUGUCGCAACUCCUUUGCCUUUAAACAACACAUCCAACAAUACUGAAUAUUCGAAAGAUUCUAAAGAGCUAGAAAACAACUUUGUUUUGGAAAAAGACAGAAUGAUUUCGGAGUUGGAUGAUAAAAUUUCAGUGCUGAUAAAGAAAAUUGAGUCCAAAACGGAUAGUAACAGUAAAAGUCCGAUUUUCACAGAAGUGUGUACUGGCCUCAUACUGACGAUAUUAGUUUGUCUUUGUUGUAUUAUUGGGUUUUAUGUCUACAGGUUUCAGCUAAUAUCUGUAGGUCAAAGAUCAUCGAGCAGACGACAAAUAACAGUAGACAUGGAUAAUUCUAAUCUCUAAAAAAACUAGUACUUAGUUGUUGUAAACUAGUUGCAACUGGUAGACUUCUUAAUGUAACUGUCCUAUUAAUCCAUACUUAUAAACUAAUAUUAUAAAUUCGAAAG